AUGGCGGCCACCGAAAUAGACCUCGAUGACCUCAACUACGUUCCUAAAUACCCGUACAACGGCACCGGAGAUUCUGGAGGCGACCCCCUCAAGGAUGACCUCAACAUCUGGUAUGAGUCUGGCGAUAUCGCCUUUCUCAUCAUAUCCACGGCACUCAUCCUGCUCAUGAUUCCCGGCAUCGGCUUCUUCUACUCAGGCCUCGCCCGUCGCAAAUCCGCCCUCUCCCUCAUCUGGCUCUCUGUCAUGUCGGCCGCUGUCACCAGCUUUCAAUGGUUCUUUUGGGGCUACUCUCUGACCUUUUCUCAUACUGCCGGUCCUUUCAUUGGCAACUUUGCCAACUUUGGCUUCAACAACGUGCUGCGCGGCCGCAUGCUACCCUGCGUCAUCUUCAUGUUCAUCUGGGCGACCGUCAUCUACGACCCCAUCGCCUGCUGGACGUGGAACCCUUCGGGUUGGUCCAGCCGCAUGGGCGGCCUCGACUUCGCCGGCGGCACCCCGGUCCACAUUGCCUCGGGCGCCGCUGCUCUCGCGUACUCCAUGAUGCUCGGCAAGCGUCGUGGCCACGGCACGCACGAGCUUAACUAUCGCCCCCACAACGUCACGCACAUUGUCAUCGGCACCGUCUUCCUGUGGGUCGGCUGGUUCGGCUUCAACGCGGGAUCGGCCUUGUCCGCCAACCUGAGGGCUGUCAUGGCGGCCUGCGUGACGAACCUGUCGGCCUGCGUCGGUGGCGUCACGUGGUGUGUGCUCGACUACCGCCUCGAGCGCAAGUGGUCCACGGUCGGCUUCUGUUCCGGCGUCGUCGCCGGUCUCGUCUCCAUCACGCCCGGCUCGGGCUACGUGCCGCUCUGGUCGGCGCUCAUCUUUGGCUCUUGCGGUGCCGCGUUUGCCAACUACGCCACCAAGCUCAAGUUCCUCCUGCGCGUCGAUGACGCUCUCGACAUUUUUGCCGUGCAUGGCGUUGGCGGCCUCGUGGGCAACAUUCUGACGGCCUUCUUCGCGGCCGACUACAUUGCGGCACUCGACAACGUCAGCUCGAUCGAAGGCGGGUGGAUCAACCGUCACUGGAUCCAGAUUGCGUACCAGGUGGCUGACUCGUUCGCGGGAGGCGCCUACUCGUUUGUGGGCACGUGUAUGAUCCUUUUCCUCAUGAACAUGAUCCCAGGGCUGCGCCUGCGCGUGGACGAAGACGCGGAGAUCCUAGGCAUUGACGAUGCCGAGAUUGGCGAGUUCGCAUACGACUACGUCGAGCUGACACGCGAGGUGCUGAACGACGUCGAGAACGAGGCGGCGAGCGGCUACUCGAACGACGGCGGGUACCCGCCUGCGGAGAAGAACAGCAUUCCGCUGAUGGACGCCAGGGCCUUUGCGGGGUCAUCGCAGUACCAGGGCGGCCAUUACGGGCCUACCGACUAA